UCAGUCUGGCCAAUCGUGGGGCUCUGUGGCGGUUCAUCAGCACCAUUGCAGUGUGGAGAGAUCAUCCGGAGGUCCUGCUCGCAAAUAGAGGGAUCAUUUGGAGGAAAGAUAGUCGACCUGGGUGAGAGCUCCCGGGCAAACACCACCCCGUGCUUCCCCGACUCAGUCACGGCGUGACACUGACACAACGAGCUUCACUCCGGGUGACCCUCAGUGACUGACAGAUGUGUGACACUGUGGAGAACCAUUUGCCUCUCCCAGUGGAGAUCUGAGUUCUGGGACACUGAGGUAGCUGAGGGGGGGGUCUCUGAGGAAGAUGCUGGGUUCAGAGCGUGGUGUUGUCGAAGAAUGGCUCUCAGAAUUCAAGUCCCUACCAGAAACCCACAUCCCCAGCUACGCAGGCAGCCUUCAUCUAAAGAAGUCCCUGGUGCCAGCAAUCUACAGAGUCAUCCAGGAUCCCAACAAUGAGCUGUUGGAGCCUGUGUGCCACCAGCUGUUUGAGUUGUAUCGGAGCUCUGAAGACCGCCUGCGACGUUUCACCCUGCAGUUCCUGCCUGAACUGGUGUGGGUAUAUCUGCGCAUCACGGCCAGCAGGGAUCGCCAGAGCAAUGGCUGCAUCGAGGCCCUCCUCCUGGGCAUCUAUAACCUGGAGAUCGUGGACAAAGAUGGCAACAGCAAGCUCCUCUCCUUCACAAUCCCGUCCCUGUCCAAACCAUCGAUAUAUCAUGAGCCUUCUACCCUGGGGUCCAUGGCACUGACAGAGGGGGCUCUGUGUCAACAUGAUCUGAUCAGAGUGGUGUACAGCGGCCUCCAUCCUCAGCGAGAGACCUUCACCGCUCAGAACAGGUUCGAGGUGCUGUGUUUCCUCAUGCUCUGCUACAACUCUGCUGUGGUCUACAUGCCCCUCUCCUCCUAUCAGUCAGUCUGCAGAAUGAGCUCACGGUUGUGUGUAUGUGGCUUCCCCCGGCAGCAGCAGAAGCUUUGGAGGGAGCCGUGCAACCGCGUGCUGCUGGACCCCGAGUUUAUGGUGCAGAUGCUGACUGCUGUUUAUCAUGCCAUAUACAAUGGAGAGUGGGAGAUGGGGCGGGAAGCUCUGGAGGACAUUCUGUACAGAGCCCAGCUUGAACUUUACUCCCAGCCUCUUCUGCUGGCGAACGCCAUGAAGAACUCGCUGCCAGACAGUGCCCCCGAUGAGCCGCAGGGGCGCAAGGUGCUCCAGGUGGAGGUGACACCUACCAUUAGCCGCAUCUCCAUCUCAGCCAUCACCACCGCCUCCAUACGACGCCACCGCUGGAAGAGAGAGGAUUGUUUUGACUUCUCAACCGAAGCAGAGUUGAGCAUCAUCAUCAAUCCUCCUAGCCUCGCCCAACAACAACAACACCACCACCACCACACUACCUGGGACUCAACAGCCAAAGAGGAGAGAGGAGGGCGGCCUCACAGCCACAGCAGCAGCAGCAGCAGCAUCAUUCCCCCCGUCACACUUGAGGAUGCUGAUGGUAUGAGCGGCGGGGAGGAUUCCUUCAACGUGAAUGACCCAGACGAGGGUUUCUCCUCCGGGGCAUCAAACAGCAGCCAGCCCAGUGGCACAAAGACAGGUGGCAGCGUGGGUCAGAGGGGAGGCAGCCUAAACAGCAGCAGCAGCAGCAUCAAGAAAGCCAUCACAGCCCGACUGUCUCGGGAUAAGGAGAGGGAGAAGGAACGGGAGCGAGAGAGGGAGCGAGAGAGGGAGAGAGAAAGGGAGAGGGAGAGGGGGAGAGAGGCGGAAAAACAGGCCGAGUUGUCGGCAGAUCACCAGGCUGUUGUGAGGAGGCAUCACCAGAGGCAGCAGUCACCUCCAGCCAGCAUCAACUUGGAUGCCAUCCAGCUGAGUCCCAUAAAGAAGCACCUGAGUUUCCCUGUUGGGCCCAUGCUGGUACGGACUGGCAGCACCUCCUCCAGCAAGUCCUUUGACUGCAUGAGUUUCAACCUGAACGGAGGCGGGGAGGACCGGGAGGAGGGGCCAGGUGGCUCAGACAAAGAAGGGGUGCUUCCAGCAGGUGGCUCCCACCGCCACUCCACCAUUAGCCUGAAGGAGGAGCACCUCAUCAGGCCAGAGGAUGCCCAGGACAUCCUGUCCCCUGGAGCUCCUCUCUCCAAGCAGUCCCGCUCCCCCAGCUUCAACAUGCAGAUCAUAUCACAGGUUUAACGUGCAGUGCAGGGCAUAGUACACACACACACAAUACGUAUUCAUAACACACAUCCUCAUGCAGUCUUCUUCUCUGGAACUCUUUACAGCCCUACAGCAACAACUUCUCGCUACCUGUGUGUGUGUGUGUGUGUGUGUGUGUGUGUGUGUGUGUGUGUGUGUGUGUGUGUGUGUGUGUGUGUGUGUGUGUGUGUGUGUGUGUAUGUGUAUGUGUAUGUGUAUGUGUAUGUGUAUGUGUGUGUGUGUGUGUGUGUGUGUGUGUAAUUGCAAGCACACAUCCUCAGAUCUCAAAGAGUUGUGUCUCCACCCCGUUUAACAUCCAUUCAAACUUUUAUCUCAACCUGUAUUUGUUGCCGGCUGUUACUGAGAAUGCAACAGGUGAAAAGUUGUAAAACACUACUGCUCACUGCUGUAAUUACAGUUGAGUAUAAAAGAGUUAAGCAUGUCACUGCAUCCUCCCUUCUGACCAAGCUGAGCAUUCCACACACAGACUGGCCUCAAAAGGUGGAAACGUCAAGAGAGAUCUUGUAAGGAUGCCACGCUAGCUGUAAGGGGUAUAUGACAUUUCAGAAUUUUUGUGUUCCUGACUGAAUCAGUCAAAAAUGAAUCAGCAAUAACACUUACCGUUGCUCAUGUGGAGUAGAGUGGGGAUUAUUUCUCUUUCUCCUCAUUCCUUCCCUUUCAUUCCCGGGCUCACGUGCAAUCGUUCUUGCUGAUUAUCUUCCUUUUUAAUUGCUGUUUUUAAUCAGGCAUAAAUGGUUUUAUGGAUAACAUUUCUUUUAAAAAACAUUUUUUAAAUCACAAUCCAAAGAAGGUAGCAAGUUAUCUCUUCACUUUUUGACAAUGGUUUUGCAGAAAUCAGUCAGACCCAAGAGAUUACUGCGAUUUCAGACCAUGACAUUUAUUUUAUUAUGUUGUAAUCACAUUUGAUCUGUAAAGUCAAACUUUUAAGAUUGUUGUAAAACCAAACUGGAAUGUGGGAAGGGGUUGUCUUGCCCCAAUCUUUUAACUGGACAAAUCUGAAGAAAUCACAACUGCGCAGCUGCAAAAAGAUAUAAUUCGUCUUGUGACUUGAAUUAAGGUCUAAAGCAGAAUCAUCGUAAAAACUGCAUUAAAACAUUGUAGAUAGUGCAGGUUUGUGUCUAAAGCUAAAGGCAGUUAGAUUGUUAUUAGAUGGUUCAAACCAUUUAAUGGCUCCUCCCAUCUGAAAGCACUUGUUGGUGUGUUUGUCAGUCUGUGUUGAGGCUGUGGCUCAUUUGAGGUGUUGUUUCUGAACUGGUGAAUUACUGCCCUCUGGAGGCACGUACAAGUCCCUGCGUUCCAGAAGCCACCGUGAAGGCUGCCUCGUGUUUUGUGCUCUGAUUGGAUGCUCAUGAAACAUUUUGUUCUACCUCAUUGUGUGUUCACCUGCCACUCAGACACCUGUCUCCCAAUCAGAUGCGGGAUUCAAAGACCCCCAUUAGGUUUGAAACUGGAGGGUUUGAACAGUUAGGGGGGAUUAUAUAGUGUAGACCAGAAUGGUUUCACACUGCAACUGUAAUGAUGAAUAACACUGACAUCUGUGUGUGUUCAUGUGAGGAGUUGUGACUGAAUAUCUCGGCCUUGCAUUUCAGUUCAAUCACAUCAUGAACAAAAUCUAGCUGCAAACCAGGAACACGACCGUUUUCGUCUUCAGGUUAAUUUUAUUUUGUAUAUCAAACAACCAAGUUGGAAUUAAUCAGAUAAUUUUAAUUCCCUAUAAAUGUCCUGCUUAUCUUUUUUUAUGUAAUGAUUUUUGAAGUGCAAUUUUUUUUUUCUUUUUAUCCUCAUGUGCAUGGAGUUGGAUCUCUUCUGCUGUUAAAUGCCUGCAUCUGCACACAGUGCUAGCUAGCCUUCUGUAGUGCUCCCUGCCCAGGCUGAGUGAUUUGAACAUGAUGUGCUUGUCUGCAUGUUUAGUGCCCUGCAAAGCACUGCUGUUUCAGAUGCGUGAAACAGCCAAGCGAGCCAAACCCCAGUCUUGUCCUUGUCUUUGCCAGAUGUGCCAAUACACAUCCUCUCCUUAAGGAAAUUAUUUGUUUUUGCUUGGGUGUCUUAAGUUUAAAAAGAAGUUUGCCUAUUUUUCUUUUUACUAGUCUUAUUUGUUAGUUAAGGGACUUAAAGGGAUGUUUGGACCUGUGGCUCAACGUGCCCUUAGAUGCAGCUUCACCUUCUUCUUUUUUUUUGCUAUGAAUCCCUCUUUAAUCCUAUCAAGGCGUGUGCAACAAACACGCUGUAGUUUCACAAUCAUUAUUAAGCUUUGCUGUUCACAUGUAAAAGCAGUAUAUUAUGCGUCUGUGUAGAUGUCAGCUGUUGUAUUGCAUUUCCAUGUCUUGCUCAUGUGCGUGUUUUAAAAACGAGGAUGAAUGAUUAAUGUAUAUUUAAAAAAAGUCAGUUCAGUCUGCAGUGAAAACCCACCAACACACACACUCACUCAUGCUCCUACUGUGCUGGAAUCCGUCACAACUGCUGCUCCCGGUCCCGAGUGUGCGUUUUAGCUUUAAACAUUUCAGGCUCUCCGGCCUCACAUGCUCCUCCUCUGCUGGACUGUACUGUAGAAGAAGCAAGAGAGAGGAGCGUGGCUACAGUUCACACUCUCACCUGGUCUGUCUGCCGUCAUCCCUGUGCUGUUUGGCUCACAACGAGCCGUGUUCCCCAUUUGCUGUAUUUUGCUGUGAGUUGAGUGGCACCUUUUUGCUGUUUUAAAACUGGUGACGUGUUCAUGUCAUUAAUUAUGAGUGCCCCCUGACCAAGAUUACCAGCAGCCAUGUUGGUACUGUAUGUUGACUUAGAGUAACGGAUAGACAAAUAUUCCUCAGUGUCUGGUGUUAUUUGCAUGUGAUCAGGGCGGGAAAUGAACACCAGCUGGCACAUGUGAAAACUAUUUGGCUGUGGCUGGUGAUUUUAGCUACCAUCAAUUUUGGCCGAUUUAUGAACCUACAAAUGUUCACAAAGGUCCAGUUACAUUUCAAAAGAAAAAAUCUACUGCAGAUGGUUAAAUUUGUACUUGGUUAGCCACUGUGGCUGGUGGACAAAAUUCAUUUCCGGCCCUGCAUGUGAUAACUGUGGGCUUAGUUUUCAUACAGUAUAAUGCACUUUAAUCCAUCCACCUCUCUCCUCAAGAUAGUUAUUGAAAUGAUAUAUAUAGAUGUGCAGAUGUGUAUACACUCAAUGCAGGGUUUUAGUCUCUUUUAAAGAAUUACUUCUAUGUGAUGUCACAUCCAACACAAUGCUAUUUUUGUUAAGUCUAAGGGUACAGCUAUUUAUUAUUUUUUUCUUUUCAAAGCCAAAAAGUUGCGGGGGUCUGGAAGGUCUCAGGAGUUUAUCAAAAAGCCACAUUUUAAAAAUGGCAGCACCAAAAUUUCUGUUCUUGAGGUCAGAAUUGAUUCUAUGCAACAUUUUUUCCCCUUUUUUCUCUUUUUUUUUCUUUCCUUUUUGUAAGUAUACAGGCUUUCAUUAAUCCUUGUCGGGUGGGAUGGGGCAAAUGCAUUUAAGCUGAUUCCUUAGUCCUCAACAGUGUCCCCAUUUGAUGAAUCUGUUUAUACACUCUGUUGUGGUGCUACAGAGCAAAGGACUUCAUGUGGGUGAAUUAAGAGGACUAUCCCUGUUGUGCAUUUGUCAUCUGACUGCCCCUCACAGGGAGAAAGCCACACCUGGACUGUUGGUGCAUGUCGAGCCCUUCUGUCAGUUUGCUGCUCUGUGGCUCAAAGAGAUUGGUGUAUGAAAUACAGAUUAUCAAUGAUGAAUCUAGUCUUGAUGCUUCAGGGGAAGCUGCUGGAGAUGUGAUAACACUGUACUAUUGAUGUUGUAUAAAUGGAGAGAAAGACUUAUUUUAAAUCUUGUAAAUAAAAAAUGUACAAAAGUGAAAGCAAGAUAAAUAUAAAAAACUGAAGACAUGUCUGAGAUGUAGAGAGAAAUUAAUCUGUAUAUUGUUGAAUAAAUAUUGUGACGUUAAGGGAA